AUGCCCAAGAGGAAGGUCAGCUCUGCAGAGGGGUCAGGGAAUGAGGAGCCCAAGAGGAGAUCUGCAAGGCUGUCAGCUAAACCCGCUCCUGCAAAAGUGGAUAUGAAGCCCAAAAAGCCAGCAGGAAAGGAUAAAUCUUCAGACAAAAAAAAAGGCAAAAGGGAAGCAAAGGGAAAACAGGCCAAAGUGGCUAACCAAGAGACUAAAGAUGAUUUACCUGCAGGAGACGGAGAAACUAAAAACGAGGAGAGCCCAGCCUCUGAUGAAGCAGGAGAGAAAGAAGCCAAGACUGAUUAA